AUGGUUGGCCUAGGGCCUAGUAAUCAAGGAUGUGAUUCCUUUGAUGUGUGUAUGGUGGCACGUGAAACUACACCGAGUGCGGUCGGCCGUGAGAGCGCCGCACUGAACGUCGGUAAUGACGUUGUUGGCGAUUCGCCAUACAGUGUGGGCGGCCGUGAGGGCACCACACCUAAUGUCAGUAAUGAUAUUGUUGUCGAUGCUCCGUAUAGUGUGGACGGCCGUGAGGGCACCACGCUUAACGCCGGUAAUGGCGUUGUUGGCGAUACGCCGUAUAGUGUGGACGGCCGUGAGGGCACCACACCUAAUGUCGGUAAUGACGUUAUUGGCGAGACGCCGUUAAAUUGGGGGCUAGGCCCGCAUAUUAUACGUGGAGUGGCACGUUUCAAUCCACUGGGUGAAGUGUUCGAGUUAUGUAACACUUCACCGGAUGUCGGUCAAGACAAAAGCUCUCGUAUAGAGCGUACUAUGGUUGGUAGUAACCAUGGGGACAAUGUUGUCCCAACCCCUUAG